CACCCCGCAACGCGACAAACAACCAUGAUGGAGCCGCUCAAGUUUGCGCCAUGGACGUCCGAAAUCGACCUUGGUUUCUACUCAGCUCUUGGUAACCUCAAGCUCAAUCAUGAUCGCUUGGAUUCCUCGGCCCGCAGAGUUCUGGGUGUAUACCAGAUACAAACUCGGGACCCGCCUGAGCGCAGCGCUCGCAUGCAGGUCCACAACCAAGCCUUGACCCAAGACCAGUAUGCCUAUGCCCGACACACUGUCCUNGUCCCCGCCGGCUUCUAUCGUGGCGAAGGCUACAUUCGCAACUUCAACACCAUGGACGAAUACAAGCAAGUCGACAAGGCCGCCCACAUCGAACGCGCUGGUCGAACCAUCUGGGACGCCAUUAACGACGGCACAAUCUUCUCGUGUCCUUCAUUGCUAUCGUCAUUCUCAGCUAUUUGCUAUGCCGACCUCAAGAAAUUCAAAUUUACCUACCAAUUCGCAUACCCAGCCUUACAUUCAGACCCAACCUGGUCAUGUUCAACCGCUCAAAAGAUCACACCCAAAGAAACUGUCGAAUUGGUCGAUAAAGUACAAACCUGGAGGUACAGCGUAGAUACCAGGCAGCAUGGCUUCUUCCUGGCCAAAAAGAUCAGAGGGGCUGACCUGAACGAUGACCAUGAGUCACAUACCCCACUCGACGAACCUGAUGACCGAGACUUUGAGCACGACCACUUUCAAGACACAGACAACGAGCCUGUCGACACACCGGAUUAUCGAUGGAAAAUCGGAGCUCUAGCAAAUUACGAAACUGGCUUCUUUAACAAUGUCGACCCCGAUGACCAGUACAUCUGUUUCGCCGACCCCUCGACUUUUGAGACAAACCCUGGUUGGAUGCUGAGAAACUUGCUUGUGCUUGUUCGUCAGCGAUGGAAGCUCGACAAACUUCAAAUAAUGUGCUAUCGCGACACGCACGCUCGACGAGAGCAGCCACACAGCAUCUUCUUCAAGGCCGAAUCUGUCAAACCUACCGAAGGUGACCACUCAGCAACUUUCCCUUCAAUGCCUACCCCUGAGAAUCGCGACUCGUCAUCGCCUACACCCAGGUCAAUACCCCCGUCAGAACGUGGCCCAAUGCCAAAAAUCACUGGCUGGGAGCGGGAUACAAGGUCUAGGAACACUUCCCGCACCAUAGAUAUGGGUGCCUACAUGGACCCUACUCGCCUUGCUGAUCAGGCCGUCGACUUGAAUCUGAAGCUCAUCAAGUGGCGCAUCGCGCCCUCGAUUGAUCUUGAUAUCAUCAAAGAAACCAAGUGUCUUCUGCUAGGUGCCGGUACUUUGGGCUCUUAUGUCGCACGCAAUCUGAUGGGCUGGGGUGUGAGAAACAUCACGUUUGUCGACAAUGGUAGGGUCAGCUUCAGCAAUCCCGUACGACAGCCUCUCUUCGAUUUCAAUGAUUGCUUGAAAGGUGGCUCACCAAAAGCCGAAACAGCUGCGCAAGCAUUGAAACGUAUCUACCCGGGUGUCAACGCUGCUAGCCACUCGCUAUCGGUACCCAUGGCUGGGCACCCCAUUCUUGAUGACAACAAAGUGAAAGCUGAGUUUGACAAGCUACACCAGCUUAUUGAGGACCACGAUGCGAUCUUUAUUCUCAUGGAUACACGCGAAUCACGUUGGCUACCAACGGUCAUGGGCAAAGCAGCAGAUAAGAUUGUACUUAAUGCUGCUCUUGGGUUCGAUUCAUACAUGGUCAUGCGACAUGGAGUUUCAUCGCAGUCAAAAGAGGAGCAGCUAGCACAGCACCCAGACCAUCCAUUAGGCAGCGUACCUCACUCACUUCGCGGCUUCCUCACUGACUGGCGUACACUCACUAUUAGGNNGGGGCAGGCGUAUGACUGCUGUUCAGCUUGUUCACCUACGAUCCUUUCACUCUAUAAAAGUGAAGGAUGGACCUUCGUCAAACGCGCCAUUAAUGAAAAGGGCUAUGUUGAAGAGGUAUCUGGCUUAGCAGAGGUACAAAGACGAGCUGAAGAGCUUGAUAAUGAUGUGGAUUGGCAAAGUGAAGGCGAAGAAGAUAAUGACGAGGCUGAGAUGAUUUAG